AUGCGCGCCAGAAGCCCUACCAGAUACCCACAUGCAGGCCACGCCGGACAAGACGUCUUGACGGCGGCACGCGGAGGAAUCGGCCGUCGAGAUACGGUGGUGGACACGGAGGAAACGCCGCUGUUGCCAGGCGCGAAUGGUGGCAAUGGGAAGAAAACACCGGACGAGGAAGAGCUGGAGCUGGACUCGCUGCCCUGGUACCGGCGGCCUUCGAUAUACUGGAUGCUGCCGGUCUUCUUCGUGUCGACGCUUGCGUUUGGCGGCAUCAUCGUGCCCAAAUUGAACCUCAUUCUCUCGCUCAUAUGCCGCGAGUUCUUCGCCGACGAGUCUGCAAAAGACCCAACGUUCAAGUACCUUCCAGUGGUCCUUAUGGGAGAUAAUCCACAAUGCCGGAACCCGGAGGUACAGUCGGAGGUAGCGCAGUUUACGCUGUACGGCAAUCUUCUGGCGGGUUUGCUGUCCGCCAUCACCUCGCCCAAGCUCGGCGCGCUGUCCGACCGUUACGGCCGUCUGCCCAUUAUGGUCUUGACGAGCUUCGGCAUGCUGGCGAGCGAGGUGCUCGUCAUCUGCGCGGCAAAGUACCCGGAGACGUUCUCGGUAAACUGGAUUCUGCUGGGCUACGCGCUGGACGGCUUAUUCGGGUCCUUCAUCGCCGCGCUAGCCAUUGCACACUCGUAUGCGACCGACUGCACGCCCGCCGCCAAGCGCAGCGUCGUCUUCGCCUACUUCCACGCCGCCCUCUUCACCGGCAUCGCCCUCGGCCCCAUCAUCGCCGCCUACAUCAUCAAGGCCAUGGGCUCGGUGAUAUCCGUCUUCUACAUCGCCAUAGGCGUGCAUGCCGCGUUCCUGCUCUUCACCGGCCUCAUCAUGCCCGAGUCGCUGAGCAAGACGCGCCAGCGCGCCGCGCGCGAGAAGCACGCCCUUGAUCGGCUGGCGGCCGGCCCGUCGUCCGACUGGAUCAAUCGCAUCCGCCACUUCAAUGUGCUCGAGCCGCUCAAGAUCCUGUAUCCCAAGGGCCCGGGAAGCAGCCCCGCACUGCGACGGAACUUGUUGUUGUUGGCGGCCGUGGAUACGACCAUUUUCGGCGUGGCGAUGGGAUCUAUGACGGUCGUCAUCAUCUACACGAACUAUGCCUUUGCGUGGGGCAACUUCGAGACGGCACGGUUCGUGUCUAUCGUUAAUAUUUCUCGUGUCUUUUGCCUCGUGGUUCUUCUGCCCAUUGCAACGCGUCUGGUGCGCGGGCGGCGCAGCAGCAGCAGCCCCUCAUCCCCCUCUUCAUCCACCGAAGCCAACACAUCCAAAACCAAGUACCAGCACACGGGCUGCGACAACCUCGACCUGGCCGUCAUCCGCGUGGCCAUCUUCUUCGACUUCCUCGGCUACCUAGGCUACGCCCUCUCGCGCAGCGGGACCGCCUUCCUGGCCUCGGGCACCAUCGCCGCGCUCGGCGGCAUCGGCUCUCCGACACUGCAGUCUGCGCUGACAAAGCACGUCCCCGCCGACCGGACGGGGCAGAUGCUGGGUGCGGCGGGCUUGCUGCAUGCGCUGGCGCGGGUGGUGGCGCCCACCGUGUUCAAUGCCGUGUAUAGCCUGACGGUGGGCAAGUUUAGCCAGGCCGUAUUUGUGUGCUUGGCGGUGCUGUUUGGAGGCGCGUUUGUGUGUGCUUGGGGCAUUAAGGCGGGGUUGCGGUUGGAGGAGGAAGACGCGGUUGAUGUGGUGGGUGCGGAGGAGGACGCUGAGGAUGCUGAUGUGGCGGUGGUGGGGUAA